AUGCCUUCUCUUUCCAAGAUUGUCAUCCUUCUCGCGGCAGUUCAGCCCCUGUUGGCUGCUCCCGUUCUCGAUACUUCUGUCCAGCCACGGGAUGCUGUCCAGAAUGACGUUGAUGCCGCCAAGCUGCGCAGCUACUGGCCCCGGAACGAGAAUGAUGUUGAUGCUGCCAAGCUUCGGACCUACUGGCCGCGCGAAGCAAACGAUGUUGACGCCGCCAAACUUCGCAGCUAUUGGCCUCGUGACGUGAAUGAUGUCGAUGCGGCCAAACUCCGAAGUUACUGGCCUCGUGAAGCAAACGACGUCGACGCUGCCAAACUUCGGAGUUACUGGCCUCGUGACGGUAAUGAUGUUGAUGCCGCUAAACUUCGCAGCUACUGGCCGCGUGAGGACGCUGAGGCCGAGAAAUAA